CCUCCGCCUCGUCAACCGAUCGAUCACCCACCCGACACCCUCUACAACCAUGGCCGAUAUCGCAUCAUCCUUUCCCGAGCUCUCCGGGGACCAAGUGGCCGGCCUGUGCUGCGUGGCCUGCUCCGAAGAAUCGUGCCAGGACGAUAUCGCGAAUUGUAUGCAUAUGCCCGGAGUCAUCUACCUUCCCCCGCCCCAGCCCGACCCAAAGUACAUGAAGAAACGAACGGUGCACUCUCGCCAGUCCGCGUUCGAGAUGGCUCCUUGGACUAUCUAUGCGAAGAGUUCCAAUACCGCCGCCGCUGCCACCACCACCACCACGCAACAGAAAUCGAAACAAUCGAAACAACAGAAACAACAGAAACGACCACAGCGACCGCAACAAAGGCAGAACCGAGUUACGAAGCGUUCCCCGAAGCCGUGGAGCGCAUCGUCGACAUCGACGGCAUCUCAGUCGCCUGCAAUAGCAUCGCCAAAGCUUCAGGAAAUGGUACUAGCUGUAGCAACAGGAGCAUCGGCGGCUCGCAUAGCACCAUCGCCACCACAGGCAUCGUCAAAACUACCAGCAGCUUCACCACUUCCAGCAGCCUCACCACCGCCAGCAGCAGCACCAGCAGUACCACCACCAGCACCAGCACGAACACCAGCACCAAAAUCAGCACCACCACCAGAAGUAGCAGCGGCAGUAGCAGAGGUGGAAAAGGAGAAGCUAGAAAAAGCAAACAAGCCCGGCCAACAAGCGUCGCCAAAGCGUCGCAGGGAGAGACGCGGACACCAUCAGUUGAGAGAUUCAGCGGAAGCGAUACCAAGGACCCGGAACACUCCACAACUCCUGCCUUCGCCGCAAAAGCAACAACAGCAACAAGCUUUUCAGCUUUCGGACGAAGAAUGGGCAUCUUUGAUAGCGCCUCCACUCCUCCGCUGGGAGAUGCCCUUCGUGUCGGACAACUCAGACGGCGACCAGUUCGGGCUGCGCGAUGGAUUCCAGCUCCAGUAUCAAUUCCAGAACCAGCACCAGCAACAGUCCUCCCCUCCCCAACAACACCACCAGCAGCACCAGCACCAACAUCAACAGCAAUACGGGGGAUAUGCGGGGUACGAAGCUGGAGGUUUUGGUGUACCACCACAGCCAGAGCUAGUUCUCGACGAGUUUCUGCGUGAAUUCCUGCCAGACGACUCACCUGUCGACCGACAAGGCUGGUACGACUUCCUCACCAAGCCGGACGGCGAUAAGGACAUCACACCCGGGUUUGCGGCUGCAACCGCAGCGCCAUCCAUGCUGAUGCUAGGCGACAGGUUCGGCGGAGGCGGUGAUUGCUUUUCCCCCACCGCGUUCGGGUGGCGAGGCUCGAACUUUGGAUUUGGAGGGAUAGGGAUGGGCAUGGAGUUUUCCGGCUGCCAGUAUGGAGCGGAUGCUGUUGGAGUUGGAGUUGGAGUUGGGAUUAGUAGCGGCUUCCUGGUGGACAGCAGCAGUAGCGGCAGCGGAGGUUAUGUGGCUGAGACACUGUAGUUCCGUUCGGAAUCUGCUCUCUAGCGUGCUUCCUGUCAUAUGUGAUGCGGCUACGCGAUUGGACCGUGCGCGAGUGAGCAGUGAGCAUACGCAUGUAUCCACGAGACGAACCGGCGGGAUGAUCUGGUUCAGGCGUCGGGAGUGGGUGGGGGGAGGAGGAGGGUUUGGUUUGCGAGGCAUUACCUAGUGUGUUUUUGUCUCCACCCCCUCUAUUCCUCUCCUUCAGCAGCAUCUUCCUUUUCCAGGGCGUUUUGAUGGUGGUGGAUAGCAGGCCGGGGCUUUCUUGGUUUCUUGGUAUCUUUCCAUCUUUAGUUUUUCUUUCUUUCUUUCUUUCCUUCUUUCCUUCUGUAUCUUGCGGUGGGCAGAGGGCGCGUGG